AUGGAGCCCAGAAGGGCGGUGCCUGGGGCGCAUGGCUGGGGGCCUCAGGUGGCCGCGGGAUCGGGGACGGCCGCGGAGCUCGUGUACCACCUAGCGGGGGCCCUGGGCGCUGAGCUGCAGGAGCUGGCGCGCCGCUUCGGGCCGGAGGCGGCGGCCGGGCUCGUGCCGCUGGUGGUGCAGGCGCUGGAGCUCCUGGAAAAGGCGGCCGUGGGGCCCUCCCCAGACUCGCUGCAGGUAUCCGCGCAGCAGGCAGAACUCGAGCUGCGGAGGCUACGAGAGGAUAACGAGCGCCUCCGCAGAGAGCUGCGCUCUAGACCACAGGAGGAGCACGCUCUGCUGCGGCAGCUCAAAGAGGUGACCGACCGCCAGAGGGACGAACUCCGGGCGUACAACCGCGACCUGCUGCAGCGAAGCCAGGAGACCGAGGCGUUGCAGGAGCAGCUGCAGCGCCUCCUGCUGGUGAAUGCGGAGUUGCGGCAGAAGUUGGCCGCGGUACAAACCCAGCUGCGCGCCACGCGGGACCGCGAAAGCCAGCGAGAGCAGCAGCGCGAAGCGGCCGUGGAGCCGCCUCCGGAGCCGGUGCAGGGCCAGGCUGCGGGGCCCGGGUGCAAGCAGAGGCGGGAGUCCGAGGGGGCGGCCGCGGGCACAAGAGCCCCGGGGACCCCCGAGGACCCGGCGGAUGCCCCGCCGCCGCCAGGGCUCCCAACCAAGGCAGGGCAGUGCGGCUUCAGUCGAGAGGAGGUUCAGCAGAUCCUUCAGGAGCGGAAUGAGCUCAAAGCCAACGUGUUCCUGCUGAAGGAGGAGCUGGCCUAUUUCCAGCGGGAGCUGCUCACAGACCACCGGGUCCCUGGGCUUCUGCUUGAAGCCAUGAAGGUGGCUGUCAAGAAGCAGCGGAAGAAGAUCAAGGCCAAAAUGUUAGGGACUCCAGAGGAAGCCGAGAGCAGUGACGAUGAGGAUGGCUCAUGGCUCCUGCUCUCCAGCGAUAAGGGAGACCAUUCUGAACCCCCAGCCCCUGAGUCCAGAAUACGGAGUUUCUUUGGCCAGUGGUAUCGGGGUGAAGCAGAGGCCCCCGGGACUGAGACCAGCAGUGUGGCUCCCAGCCAGCUACAGGGAGGAGAGGAGACCCCGCAGCCACCCCACCUGGAGCCGGUGGGCAGCCAGACAGCCCCCGACUUCUGA